AUGGUUCGAUUAAUCACCCACAAUAUGCUUCAGUGCCACGUUAAGAACUGCACCAAAGACAACUUCCCGCUCGUGUUUUCUGAAGUGGAGACUUUGAUCAGGGAGGCCACUUUCAACCCGGAUUUCAUCCAGAGGUUCCUGCCAAAGUUGGAUUGGAGGGCUUUGGUGGACACUGCCAGAAGUCUCGGCGACAACAGCCUCCCUGAGCAGAUGCCUGAAGAGUUCUCCGAAGAGCAACUGCAAGCUUUACAUUACGUCCUCUUUGAGCUCAAUGUGGAAGAGGGCAACAUGACAUGCCGGGGUUGUGGACAUGUCUACCCUAUCUCCAACGGUAUCCCUAAUAUGCUGCUCGCUGAGCACGAGGUGGGCCGCUAG